AUGAGGGAGCUGAGCAAAGGGAUUAAGAAAGGGCUUGAAGGUGUCAAAGACGAUCGUGAUGGUGGUGGAAGCAGUGGUGGCGGCGGUGGUGAUGACAGAGACAAGAAAGAUGAUGAUGGAGGCAAUGGUGGAGAUGGUGAUGAAGAUGAUAGUGAUGGAAAUGGUGGCUAUGGUGAUGAUGGUAGGGAUUAUGGGAAUGAUGGCAACUGCAGUGGUAAUAGUUAUGGCUGUGAUAGCAGUAAUAGAGGGUACCUGCGACAGGUGCUCAGCAGACAUCACCUGACCAGCCUGGAAGGACUGGUGGCUCCACAAGGCACGAGAGCACAAGAGUGUCAGAAGCCACACCCACAGAGUGUCACCAACGAGACUGCUCAUCUGAGCAAAGGCAACACCAGCGAAUAUGCCAAAGCGGAGGGGGAAGGGACAGAAAGCCUCAACAGUAUUCAAAGAACUGUAGGUGACUUAAGAAAGCUGGCAGUAGGAGAGGUGGCCUUCCCCAGGGAAGAGCACACCAAAUGGGGACUCAUUGCCAAUGGCUUCACAGAGACCCAUUAUCAGCAAGAUGGUAGUGAUGUCUCCUUCACUCGAAAUUACACGGACCAUUGUUACUACCAUGGACAUGUGCAAGGUGAUGCUGCAUCAGUGGUCAGCCUCAGUACUUGCUCUGGUCUCAGGGGACUAAUCGUGUUUGAAAAUAAAACCUACAUCUUAGAACCGAUGAAAAACACCACUGACAGAUACAAACUCGUCCCGGCUGAGAACAUGAAGAACAUCCAAGGGCUGUGUGGGUCACAUCAUAACAAGUCCAGCCUCACCGUGGAGGAUGUCUUCCCUGAACCCUCUCAGAUGCGGGGAAGAAGGCAUAAAAGAGAGACCCUUAAGAUGACCAAGUACGUAGAACUGGUUAUUGUGGCAGACAACAGAGAGUUUCAGAGGCAAGGAAAAGAUCUGGAGAAAGUGAAGCAGCGGUUAAUAGAGAUCGCCAAUCAUGUGGACAAGUUUUACAGACCACUGAACAUCCGUAUCGUCCUGGUGGGAGUAGAAGUGUGGAAUGACAUUGACAAAUGCUCUAUAAGCCAGGACCCAUUCACCAGCCUCCAUGAGUUUUUAGACUGGAGAAAGAUAAAGCUUCUACCUCGCAAAUCCCACGACAACGCUCAGCUUAUCAGUGGGGUUUAUUUCCAAGGAACCACGAUUGGCAUGGCACCCAUCAUGAGCAUGUGCACUGCAGAACAGUCCGGAGGAGUGGUCAUGGACCAUUCAGACAGCCCCCUUGGUGCCGCAGUGACCUUGGCGCAUGAGCUGGGCCACAACUUCGGGAUGAACCAUGACACACUGGAAAGGGGCUGCAGCUGCAGAAUGGCUGCGGAGAAAGGAGGCUGCAUCAUGAACCCUUCCACAGGGUUCCCGUUCCCCAUGGUGUUCAGCAGCUGCAGCAGGAAGGACCUGGAGGCUAGCCUGGAGAAGGGGAUGGGGAUGUGCCUCUUCAACCUACCAGAGGUCAAGCAGGCCUUUGGGGGCCGGAAGUGUGGAAAUGGCUAUGUGGAAGAGGGAGAAGAGUGUGACUGCGGGGAACCAGAGGAGUGUACCAAUCGCUGCUGCAACGCCACCACCUGUACUCUAAAGCCAGAUGCUGUGUGUGCGCAUGGGCAGUGCUGCGAAGACUGUCAGCUGAAGCCUCCAGGAACUGCAUGCAGGGGCUCCAGCAACUCCUGUGACCUCCCAGAAUUCUGCACAGGGACCGCCCCUCACUGCCCAGCCAAUGUGUACCUACAUGAUGGGCACCCGUGUCAGGGAGUGGAUGGUUACUGCUACAAUGGCAUCUGCCAGACCCAUGAGCAGCAGUGCGUCACACUCUGGGGACCAGGUGCUAAACCGGCUCCUGGCAUCUGCUUUGAGAGAGUCAACUCUGCAGGAGAUCCUUACGGCAACUGUGGCAAAGACUCCAAGAGCUCCUUCGUCAAGUGUGAACUGAGAGAUGCCAAGUGUGGAAAAAUCCAGUGUCAAGGUGGUGCCAGCCGACCCGUCAUUGGUACCAAUGCUGUUUCCAUAGAAACAAAUAUCCCGCAGCAGGAAGGAGGUCGGAUUCUGUGCCGGGGGACCCAUGUGUACUUGGGUGACGACAUGCCGGACCCAGGGCUUGUGCUUGCAGGAACCAAGUGUGCAGAAGGAAAAAUCUGCCUCAAUCGUCAAUGUCAGAAUAUCAGUGUCUUCGGCGUUCAUAAGUGUGCGAUGCAGUGCCACGGCCGAGGGGUAUGUAACAACAGGAAGAACUGCCACUGUGAAGCCCACUGGGCUCCUCCCUUCUGUGACAAGUUUGGCUUUGGAGGAAGCACAGACAGUGGUCCCAUCCGGCAAGCAGAUAACCAGGGCUUGACUGUAGGGAUCCUGGUUAGUGUCCUGUGUCUGCUCGCUGCUGGAUUUGUGGUAUAUCUCAAAAGGAAGACGUUGAUGCGGCUGCUGUUCACACAUAAGAAAACCACUAUGGAAAAACUAAGGUGUGUACACACUUCCCGGACACCCAGUGGCCCUCACCUUGGCCAGGCUCACCACACCCUCGGGAAAGGCCCACUGAUGAGCCGGCCCCCACAUUUCAACACCCCCAAGGUAGGUCAUACAAGGACUUCAUAUGCUGGGAAGGGCUCUGCUUUGACCAUGCAGGACAGGCACUCACUGAAAUGCCAGAACAUCGACAUCAGCAGGCCCCUCAAUGCUCGAGUGGUCCCUCAGCCUCAGUCCCCUCAGCGAGUGCUCCUGCCUCUCCACCAGGCCCCACGUGCACCCAGUGGCCCUGCCAGGCCCCUGCCCGCCAAUCCUGCAGUCAGGCAGGCCCAGGGCACCCACAAGCCCAGCCCUCCUCAGAAGCCUCUGCCUGCUGAUCCAUUGAGCAGGACUUCUCGGCUCACUAGUGCCUUGGUGAGGACCCCAGGGCAGCAGGAACCUGGGCAUCGCCCAGCCCCCAUCAGACCUGCCCCUAAGCAUCAAGUACCCAGACUCUCCCACAAUGCCUACAUCAAGUGAGAAGCCAGCCCAGACCGGUCCUCAGCAGUGAAGACAGAAGUUUGCACUAUCUUCGACUCCGUCGGAGUUGUUUUGUACCAACUUUCAGAAUUUCUAAAGUGUUUAAAACACCAUUAUUUCCAGAACUUGGAGCUCCUGCCAUCCGUCGGU